AUGUCGACCACAUCGCAAGCACCUAAACCUCCUCGAAGGUUCGCACCAUUGAGUGCCUCAUCGUCCCAAGUUCACGAUGCGCCAAGACUCCGAGGGAUUGUUUUCGAUAUGGACGGCACCCUCUGCUUACCUCAAAACUACAUGUUUAAAGAAAUGCGCUCAAAGCUCGGCAUACCGAAAUCCGUAGAUAUUCUCGAGCACAUCCUGAGUCUUUCCGACAAACCAGAUGACUCGAGCUCAUCGUCAUCGCCACGGUCACGAGCUCAAGAAGCUAUCAAGGACAUCGAGCGUGAAGCCAUGGACCGUCAACAACCUCAACCCGGCCUUAACGAAUUGAUCACAUAUCUAGCUAAAAACAAUCUACGUAUUUCACUGUGUACGCGAAACUUCGAAUUACCUGUAAAACAUCUAUUGGAGAAAUUCGUCAAUGAAGAUGCACGUUCACACUUUCACCCGUUGGUCACGAGGGAGGCACAGGGCAUACAGCCGAAGCCAAGUCCAGAGGGGAUCUGGGCGUGUGUACAUGCAUGGGAUAAUGAGAUAGAAGACGCUAUUAAGUCGAGGGAGGCUUUGCAGGAGUAUCUUGGGAGCACAUCUGAGCAGGACAAGGUCAAAUCAUGUGAAGGUGUGAUUAUGGUUGGAGACAGCGUUGAUGAUAUUGAGGCUGGGGCACGAGCAGGAGCUGCGACUGUGUUGCUUGUGAAUGAGGAGAACAAGCACUUGCUGGAAGCGACGGAGUGGCCGAGACGUGUUGAUUUGAGUAUAUCGAGGUUGGAUGAGCUUGCUGAUGUGCUUGAGAAGGGCUUUUGUGGGAGGGAUUGA